AUGCAGCCCAUCACUCUGUACUCCCACGAAAUCGGCCCGAAUCCCUGGAAAGUUGCCAUCAUAUUUGAGGCUCUGGGACUCGAGUACAAGACUAUUUUCGUCAGCUUCGAAGAUGUCAAGCUGCCCCCUUACACCGAUAUCAACCCGAACGGCCGUCUGCCAGCUAUCGUGGACCCAAACCACAACAUCACCCUGUGGGAAUCUGGCGCCAUCGUCGAAUACCUCAUCGACACCUACGAUAUCUCGCACAAGCUGAGCUACGAUACUAAGCCCGAGAAGUAUCUGACCUCGCAAUGGCUGCACUUCCAGGUGUCUGGCCAAGGCCCCUACUAUGGCCAGCUGUCCUGGUUCAAGCGCCAGCCUACACCUGAGCCAGUCGCGAUCACCCGCUACGUCAAUGAAAUCAAGCGAGUGACUGGUGUUCUGGAGAAGGCCCUCGAGGGUCGCGACUGGCUUGUCGGUGAUAAGUGCACCUAUGCGGACUUGUGCUUCGUUCCCUGGCAGGAUCUGUUGCCUCAGUUUUUCGGCGAGCAGGUGGGAGACAUUGAAAAGGACUUCCCUGUUGUUGCCGCUUGGCUAGGAAGAAUGAGAGAAAGAGAGGAUGUGCGGAAGGUGUUGGGCGAGAAGGCUGAAGCUAUGAAGAAGCUGGCAAUGGCAGGAAAAUAG